GAAUGUCAGCGGCUGCCAUACCACAGGUACCCCGUCUGCACGACACAGGUAACCCAACAUAUCACGCGUGCGCGGAAUAAACAACCAAGAUGGCGACCUCGUUGGAGUCAUAUGUGAAUCACACUGUAGCAGUGAUAACACAAGACGGCCGCAUGAUCGUGGGAACUCUGAAGGGAUUUGACCAGACAGUAAAUGUGAUUUUAGAUGACAGUCACGAGCGCGUGUUUUCCUCUGGAAGUGGUGUGGAACAAGUUGUACUAGGAUUAUACAUUAUCAGAGGGGAUAAUAUUGCUGUGAUUGGUGAAAUCGAUGAUGAAGUGGAUGGUUCAAUUGAUUUAAAUGACAUCCGUGCAGACCCACUAAACGCUGUAGUUUAUUGAGCUUUCUCUUCUACUACUGUAUAUAAGACUUGAUCUGAAAUCUUAUUAACCCAUUCCACCCUCAGACAUUCUAUGUAUAGGGAGCGAGAUGCUUCAGAUUUUAUCAUAAUAUGCUAGGCAGCAAGAUAGAUAGUAAUCUGUUAGCAUUGCAUUGUCAAUUGUGCAUAUCAACUACUGCAUCAAAAGUGACUCAUCCCACUCUUGGAAAUAUCAAAGACGGCCAUCAGAGUAGCUGACCUCUGUGUACUCACACUAUCAGCAAGAGUUGUAGAGCUAGCCUAAAAGAGUGUCUUUGUAUAUUUUUGGUUCAACUUCCCUUCUGCAGAAUAAAGAAAACUAAAUACA